AUGGCGUCCACGUUUAAAACAACCGCCGGCACCGGUGCUGGUGAAGAGACGCACGCACGGGACUCGUAUCCGGGUCGCGAUACGACGAUCCGGCGUGAAGAGUUGCCAAGCGGUUUACGGGAUGCGCUCCCGUACACAUCUUCGAGUUGGUGGUGGCGGGCAAUCGAACGAACAGAGUUACCGAACCCGGGCGCCUACGAGGAGAUCAACCAAGAGGCGAACACCGUGCUGCGGCCGAACCUGUUUGAUGGUACCCGCUUUGACAUGAAUCUUCCGCUGACGCCCACGCUUUCUACCGGGCACUCGAUAGAGAUGGGCUCCACGCAAACAACGCCGGGUUAUGCGCUUUCUGUGAACUAUAUCACGAAUACGUUGAUCGCGGUUUCGCGGAUGGACAUGACCGGCCGGUUCAACGGACGUCUCUUCUACACCCAUACACCACGUCUGAUAUCCAAGCUUUUAGUGAGUCGGCAACCAGCGGAGGAUCCGGCAGCCGCUGCGGCUAUGUUGGCUGCGGCUACUGGCGGAGCUGCGAUACAACCGCCACCGCCGACGAGUGCCACCACCACUGUCAUGUACGACUUGGACUAUCGGGGAAGUGAUUACUCGGCAAACCUCAAACUAGGGACAGGUGGUGUGAUCUCACUAGCUUAUAUGCAGAGUAUUGUUCCCUCGUUUUCCAUGGGUGGUGAGGGCUUUUUCCAAUUACGGAACAAGUUCAGUGCAUUGACGGCAGCUGCAAGGUUCCUCACAACGGAUGGGAUAUUCUCGGCAACCGUUGCCAGCUUCGGGCCCGUGGUAGCUUCAUAUGUUCAUCGAGUGAAUCCGCGAGUCUCUCUAGCCGCGGAGCUCUUCUGGGACACUCGCAGUCGGGAGUCGUACGUCACGGCCGGCUACAAGUUUGAUUUGCGAUCUGCAACUGUGAUAGGGCAGGUGACCUCGCUAGGAAAAGUUGCCGCGUUACUGGAAGAGAAACUGAGUCCGGGGGUGAGUUUCCUUUUGUCAGGGGAGAUUGACCACUGGCAACAGCAGUACAAGUUUGGUUUCGGUUUACAGGUUGGCGGCACUGCCUAG